UGCUGAGAGCAGCCUUCAUAUUUCUUUCACUCCUUGGGGAUGUCUCUUGGAUUUCUCUGCUCUCUUCCCACAUUUCUGUCUGCCUUUCUCAUGUGAUACAUUGGGUUUGUUUCUUUCCCUGGUGCACGAAAAGCCAUGUCAAGUGGAACAGUUAGAUCGCAUCCUGCUCUCUGGAGUCUAUAACGUACGCAAAGGAAAGACCCAGUUGCACAAGUGGGCAGAGCGCCUGGUAAUUCUCUGUGGUACGUGCCUCAUUGUGUCCUCUGUGAAAGAUAGCCACACAGGGAAGAUGCACAUCUUGCCUCUCGUUGGAGGGAAGGUGGAAGAGAUGAAACGUCGGCAGUACACACUUGCUUUCACAUCUGCUGGAGCACAAGCUCAAACAUACCAUGUUUCCUUUGAAACGCUGGCAGAGUGCCAGCGGUGGCACCGACAGGCAUCCACGGUUGUGUCUAUGCGACUUAGCAUGGUUGAUCUUUCAUGCUACAGCCUUGAGGAAGUACCUGAGCACCUCUUCUACAGUCAAGACAUCAUCUACCUCAACCUACGACACAAUUUUAUGAGAUCAAGUGGAGCAGGGAGUCUUGACUCUCUUUGCAGGUUUUCUCAGUUGAAGAGCCUGAAUCUGUCUCAUAAUAGACUCGGAGAGUUUCCUGUAUCACUGUGCGAGAUCUCUACUCUGACAGAGCUUAAUAUUUCCUGUAAUGGACUUCAUUACUUGCCAAGCCAGAUUGGCGAACUGUUGAA